AUGAAAAUGAAAAGUGUUUAUUUUGUGGCUGGGUUGCUUUUAAUGAUAAUCCAAGGCAGCUGGCAAAAUCCCCUUCAAGACACAGAAGAAAAAUCAAGAUCAUUCAAAGCUUCCCAGUCUGAACCACUAGAUGAAUCUAGACAGCUGAAUGAAGUGAAGCGUCAUUCACAAGGCACGUUCACCAGUGAUUACAGCAAGUACUUGGACACUAGACGAGCUCAGGAUUUUGUGCAAUGGUUAAUGAGCACUAAAAGAAAUGGACAACAAGGACAGGAGCAGAGAGAGAAUGAAAAAUUCCUGGACCAGCUGUCAAGCAAUGGACUUGCCAAGCGUCAUGCUGAAUUUGAGAGACAUGCUGAGGGCACCUACACCAGUGACAUUACCUCAUAUUUGGAAGGUCAAGCUGCCAAGGAGUUCAUUGCUUGGUUAGUGAAUGGACGAGGAAGAAGAGAGUAAGAAUCCAUUCCUAUCAUUAAAUGCUGUCUAGCUUUUUAGGUUAGAAAUCAAGCCUAAUAGUUCCAUAAUGUAUUUUUGAUUAGUGUCUAUGUAGUUCAUAGUUUAUUUUGUAAUUUAAAUUGCAUUGUAGGUAUGAGCCAGUCAUUUUAAAUGAUUCAGUCCAACUACAGAUUAAAAUGAAGCUGUUUAAGAGUUCACUGUGCUGUUACUUUUGUAAAGGUCAAGUUAUAUUCCAAGGUCAAUGUUUCUAAAUCCAAACCAGACUUUCCUCUAAAAUCUGUCCUUUUCUGCUCCCAUAUCCCCGUUAGCAGUACCCCUACUCCAACAGUCACUAAGAAGACCAACCUUGGUAUGAUCUUAGAUUCCUCUCUACUCUUUCCCCUUGGCUCUCAGAACACUCUUUUACAUUUUCUUCUGCAAUAUUUCCAAGGUUUGACUUUUCCUCUUAUUCCCUCUCACCAAAGUUCCUAUCUGGGCCCUGGUAACUCAUUCUUUCUGGUCUCCCAUUCGUUUACUUCUUCGUUCUCCAAUCUCUCCCACAUGCUGCUGCAAAAUAACUUUAGUUUCCUGCCAUCCUGAUAUUUUCUUUUUUGAUCCUUUUGCUCCUUCUGAAACGGUUCAAGGUUUUCCUCCCUAUUCCCUCCUACUUCCUGUCCUGCUCUGUACACUCAUCCCAGGCUUUCCAUUUCCUGCUAACUUCAUCAGUCCAUUCCUGACUUCAUGCCUUUUUUCAUGAUAACCUUAUCCUUGAAAAAGCCUCCCAUUUGAUCUUUCCGGGACACUCUGUCACCUCAUAUUUCAAAUCUCUAUCUGUUCUGCUCAGUUUAGCAGUAACCAAGCCCUCAGGCCACUCCCAAGUGCCACGUGUUCUGAACUUAUUUGUGUCUUUAGACUGUAAGCUCUUUGGGGCAGGGAUUUCAUGUCACCUUCUGGUUAUGUUUUACCACCUGUAAAUUAGCAUGUACGUCUCUGGCACUAUAUAAAAAAAAAUAAACAAUGACAAUAAUAAAAUAUAACCUGUAA